AUGGAAACUGACUGUUCCGCUAGACAUCGAGCUGCAUCGCCAGCACUGACGGACAUCUCGGAGCUGACCACACUAUCAAGAUCUCCAAGCCCGGUCCCUGAGUACAACGCCUACGCUUCUCCCAAGCAGUGCCAAGCCAUUUCGAGCGCAUCAGAUGGGCAGGAGCAAGGUGGCUUCGGAGCCCUCGAUAGGAUCCCCAUGGAGUUACGACAAGACGUAUACAGCCUCGCGUUCGAUAUCGAUGAGCCUGUCGUAGUCAAGGAGUGCUGCCACCCUGGAACAACCAAGCGGAUGCUCGAGCUGUGUCCCAAGCAUGGCGCCAAGGCUAAAGCUGGAGCAGGUCGUUUUAACACCCUGCAGGUCUCCAAAGCGAUCAGAACGGAGGCGAUGUGGGUCGUCUUCGCCAAAACCCCUCUUUUCCUCAAUACAGAGGGCAGUAUAAGCAAGUACUACACCACCCUCCCCCGCCCGCGUACUCUCCGCAAGGUCAUCGGCUACAGGAAGCCUACUACAUGCAAGAGCGCAAUCUGGAAGACAGCCAACCAGUUCCGUACCAUCAAGAUCGACCUCUCGGAAGACCUGCUGCAAUACGGCAAUCCGUACGCCUUUAUCGAUCGUCUAGUAUGUAUCGUAACCCUGCUGUGCAAGGAGCAAGACAAGGACCAUGUCGCUUCGAAAUCGGUACACCUGAACCUCGGCAGCUUCUUCCAGCAAAUGCUCCCUUUCAACGAGAAGUCCCAGCUAGAUUCGCGGUAUGGAGAGUAUCUCGACUGGCUGUUCUUCCAUUCCGACACCCAUGAGCCUGACCAUGACAAGCUUGCGAAAGGUAUAGUAUGCAGCCUGCAGCGACUGGUGGCUACGAUCGGCAAGCACUCUGGUCGCGAGCAGUGGAAGAUCUUCGUGAAGACUGAGGUUGCGGAGGAGGACGAGGGUGGUGCGAAGGCGCUGUUCGAUUUCCAGGUCGCUUGCGCGGAGCAAGGUGUGGAGGUCUGUCAUUUGGAGAGCUAA